GCAUCUCAACCGCCGCGACGGACGCGCUAACAGCUUCCCCCAGAUACGAAGCCGUCAACACUUCCUCAUAGCCGUGUCCAUCUGCCGACCAGGUGGGGUUCCCAAGAUGCCGACACACACACACCCACACGUCAUCCGCCGCUUCUCCAGAGAUUCAUCGCUGUUGCAGGCCCCGGAGCGCACCGCAAUCGUGCGGCAGUGAGUUUAACUCUCGGGUCGUUUGCCUCGGGCCUCUGCAUCCGAAGAUGAAUUGGGGUAGCUCGUUCAAGUGAAAAGGACCAAGAUCCUCUUAGCCUGAAGACCUAAAUGCACUUAGUUCCUCGACAUUCAAGACCAUUUCGAGAUUCAACCCCAUCUCUUUGGCCCAUUACUUUCCCUAUUCAACAUGGAAGGCGGAUUAAUUGAGUCGCUCUUGGCAGCGCUCUCUCAACAUUGGGUGCUGAUUAUCUUUACUCUUUUCCUUGGAUGGCUUGUCAAAAACCGCUACAAUAAUGGCCUGAACAAGUAUCCAGGACCGUUCCUGGCAUCCUUGACCGAUUGGUGGCGAUUUAUCGACGUCUACGGGCAGCGACCUGAGAGAACCCUACGAGCCCUCCACGACAAGCACGGCGACAUCGUCCGAACAGGUCCUAACACGCUCUCCUUCUCCGAUCCCGCGGCUCUGAAAGCCAUCUAUGGACUCAACAAAGGCUUCGUCAAGUCCGACUUUUACAUCGUCCAGCAAUCCGUCGUAAAAGGCUUCCGAUUAGCGUCUCUCUUCAGCACCACCGACAAUGAUUUCCACUCCCAGUUCCGCCGCUGUGUUAACUCGGCUUUUUCCAUGAGCGCUUUGGUCCAAUACGAGCCCUUCGUCGAUAACACCACAAAGCUUUUCCUGAAUCAAACUGAAAAACUCUUUGUCGGGAAGCCCGGUGGUUGUGACUUUACGACUUGGCUGCAGUACUAUGCCUUUGAUGUUAUUGGAGAAAUUACAUACAGCAAGCGCCACGGAUUUCUUGAGAAGAAUGAAGAUGUUGAGGGUAUCGUUGGGUACCUGUCCAAACUCUUUCUCUACGUCGCACCUGUGGGCCAAAUCCCAUUCUUGGACCUCAUUUUCCUCAAGAAUCCCAUCUAUCUCAAACUAUCUCAAUGGGGUUUCAUCGACUCAACGUUCCCCGUUGCUCGCUUUGCCCGCGCCCGCAUGGCUGAGCGACUAAUCCCCGAGCUAAGCUCCAACACAACCAUUCUUCCAACAAGCUCAGGAAAGAAGCAGCCGUUGGGCUCUGACUUGCUUUCCAAGUUCAUCGCCGCAGGAGAAGCCAGACCAGAGUUUAUGACUGAUACCCUUGUCCAGACCAUGGCCGUGUCCAUGGCUUUUGCUGGCUCCGAAACUACAGCCAUCACACUAUCUGCUGUGUUUUACUACCUCUUGCGUAACAAGUCGGCAUAUCAGAAACUCAAGGAGGAGCUGGACGAAGCUGCGAGGAAUAACACCUUCUCUGACUGCGAAACUGGCCUCGUCACCUUUGCUGAAGCUCAAAAAUUACCAUACCUGCAUGCAUGCAUCCAAGAAGGGUUCCGCAUGCACCCUGCACCUGGCCUUCCGAUGGAACGCAUCGUGCCUCCUCAAGGCGUCGAGAUUUUAGGCCAGCACAUCAAGGGUGGUACCAAUGUUGGAGUCUCUGCCUGGCAGAUCCACCGUCGUCCGGAAAUCUUCGGCCCAGACGUCGACGCGUACAGGCCGGAGAGAUGGCUAGCCGACCCGAACGAGGAUGCUGAGGAGGAGGCAAAACGAAUCAAGAAGAUGAGCGGCAUGAUGUUUCAAUUUGGCAUGGGCAGCCGAACUUGCAUCGGCAAGAAUAUCAGCUUGCUCGAGAUUUACAAGGUCGUGCCGAGUCUGAUGCGAAGAUUUGAUAUUGACUUCCAAGAUCCGAACAAAGAAUGGACCAUCAUCAAUGCUUGGUUUGUGAAGCAAACAAACUUUUUCGUCAAGUUCAAUCGGAGAGAGAUAGUCCAGGCCGAUAAGGGAGAGAAGGAGGCUUAGAGAUGUACCUGUGGGAGAAAGCGAUAUUAUGCCCAGAUGAUGAAUGAGAGGGGCGCACCAACUCCCCGUGGAGUGCUAAAAUUGCAGUGCAAGGCGUCGAGGCAACUGAGGCCGCAAGAAUUGCAACCGCAACUUGCAAAAAGCUUGCGAUUGCACUGCAAUUUCGCAAUUGCCUUGCGAAUUUCAGGCUGUAAGACUCUUGAUGAUAGAAUAGACACAGAGUCCAAACUGAUGGAAUAAAGUGUUUCAGCU